AUGGUCUGUGAAGGUUUUUGGGUUUUUGAUGUAAAUGGCACUUCCACAGAAGCUGAGAUUCCGACCCAGGAGGGGACUCAAUUUGAUGAGGAAAAGUUUGAAUCUUUGCUAUCUCUGUUACGAAGUGAAGAGCAGUCUUUGGAGUUUGGUCUGGAGGAGGCGCUCGAUGUCGAUCUAAACUCAGAUGUUGUGGUGAGAGUGUUUGAAUCCCAAGGAAUCUCAGGUAAGAACUUGAUCAGGUUUUUGAAGUGGGCAACAACUAAGAAAGAAGAGAUUACUGUCACCACAUCGCUUUUGGAGUCUCUCCUUGUAGCAAUAUCUGUUGAGGGACGUAGAUUGAAUGCUUAUGCUCUGUGGGAUUUGGUUAAAGAGAUUGGUGAGGAUGAGAGUACUACUAUUGUUUUGAAUCUGGAGAUAAUGAAUGAGUUGAUAGCCUUGUUUGGUAAGCUUGGUAAGUCCAAAGCUGCUUUUGAUGUGUUUAGUAAAACCCAAGAGUUUGGCUUUACUCCGAAUGAGAAACCUAUUACGUGACGUUGGAGGCGCUUUUGUAAACGGUCGUUUAUGGAAUGGGCAAGCGUUGUGUGCGAGAAGAUGCUCAAGAGUGGUGUGUUACCAGAGGGAGGAGACCAGGUUGGUAACAUCGUAACUUGGUUUUGUAAGGAAGGGAAGGCUGAAGAGGCUUAUUCUGUUUACCAACUGGCUAAGGCGAAAGAGAAGUUGCUUCCUCCUAGUUCUGUUGCUACUCUGAUAAGUGCGCUCUGCAAGAAUGAUGGGACCGUGGCGUUUGCUCAGGAGAUGUUGGGUGAUUUAUCUGGAGAAGCUAGGCGACAUGGGAUCAAACCGUUUUCUGAUGUGAUGCAUAGUUUAUGCAGGAUGAAGAAUGUUAAAGACGCCAAAGCUUUGCUUUUGGAUAUGAUCUCGAAAGGACCUGCUCCCGGGAAUGCGGUUUUCAAUUUGGUUGUGCACGCUUGUUCGAGAAGUGGAGAUCUCGAUGAAGCCAAAGAGGUUCUGAAGUUGAUGGAGAGUAGAGGUUUUAAACCAGACGUGUACACGUACACCGUCAUCAUCAGCGGGUAUGCUAAAGGAGGGCUGAUGAAAGAAGCUCAGCAGAUGCUCGGGGAAGCGAAAAAGAAACAUGAGAAGCUUAGUCCUGUGACGUAUCACUCACUUAUCCGAGGAUACUGCAAGAUUGAAGAGUUUGAAGAAGCUCUUAAGCUUUUGAAUGAAAUGGAGAGCUUUGGCGUGAAGCCUAAUGCGGAUGAGUAUAGUAAGAUGAUACAAUCGUUCUGCCUCAAAGCAUUGGAUUGGGAGAAAGCAGAGAUGCUGUUUGAGGAAAUGAAGCAGAAGGGCUUGCACCUCAAUGCCAUUACUCAGGGGCUAAUAAGAGCGGUUAAAGAGAUGCAAUCUGAAGGCAACGUAACCGUAGAUGUUAAUCUACUUGCUGCAGCAUAGAACUUUUGAAGAUGUUUUUUUCUUGGUUUGAAAUCCCAAAAAGAUGUAUUUUUUGUGCUUUAGUUACUGGUAGCAUUCUCCAAUAAGGUU